GCUCAAUUCUUCAACAAGACAACAAAUGCGACAAAAUGAGCAACCAUCCCGCGUCUUCAUCGCGCGCCGGAUCGCCUUCAUCAGAUAAUGUCCUCUUUGAUCCUUCCCAUCCUCUCAAGGGCGUCGUCGUGUGCUGCACCAGCAUCUCGCCAGAACUAAGGACAGACAUCGCCAGCAAAACCGAAGAACUCGGCGGCAAGCACAAACACGACCUCACCCCCGAUUGUACCCACCUCAUCGUCGGCGAAUACGAUACGCCCAAGUACCGCCAUGUCGCAAAGGAACGUCCCGACGUCAAGGCCAUGGCCGCCGGCUGGAUUGAAGCCCUCCGGAAGCUCUGGGUCCAAGACGCCGACAUCGACUUCAUCGCCCUCGAGACGGAAUGGGAGCUGAAACCCUUCGAGACCGGCGGCGCCGAACCGAACCUAGUAGAUGGCACAAUCGAACCCCGACGGAAACUCUUGAUCUGCUCGACCGGGUUUAUGGAAGCCGAAGAGCGCCAGCACAUCAUCGACAUGGUGGAAAAGGGCGGUGGCAUAUACACCGGCGACUUGACCCGUCGCGUCACCCACCUCGUCGUCUACAAACCAGAAGGCCGCAAGUACCAGGCUGCUCAGAACUGGGGCAUUAGAACUGUUUCAGUCGAGUGGAUCAACGAUUGCGUCGAGCGUGGUCUGAUUCUAGACGAGAAAUGCUACGAUCCCCUUCUGCCACAGGACGAAAGAGGAGUUGGUGCUUGGAACAGACAAAGCAGCCGCGUUGCCUCCCUGGGCAAGAGACUAAGGGAAAGCGCCGCCGAGGGACAAGAGGCCGGGAGGAGAAAGCUGAGAAAGACUGCUAGUAUCAAGCUCAACAGCCAAAGGGAUAGUCUGUGGGGGAGCAUCCUGGGUGUGCCCCCGGCGGCCACUUCUUCGCCUGCUGCUGCCCCGGCUCCCCUCGCCGGAGCUUCCCAAGCACAACCGCCUCCCUCAGCCCCCGCCCAGCGUCAUCCGAGCCAGCAGCCUUCUGGUCCAACACAAUCGGUUGACACCCAGGGCUCAAGGCUUUCGUCGUUCGGCAUACCCCAUGACGACUUCAUCUUCGCCUAUUGCUGCUUCUACGUAGCCGGCUUCGCACCCAAAGAGACCGAAAUCCUCACCAACACCGUCGCUUCCCUAGGCGGCGUUGUCUGCCAAACCCUCGACGAGUGCGCGUCCGCCUCUGGCGCGCAAAUGGCUCACCGCUUCCUCGUCGUACCACAGAACUCUCAACCCAACAGCCAUCCCCGCCUUCCACCCAACGUCUACAUCAUCACCGAGUUUUACAUUGAACGGUGUCUACACAAAAAAUACUUCUUCGACCCCAACGAGCAUGUCCUCGGUCGGCCAUUUCCCUCGUUUCCCAUUCCAGACUUCAAUACGCUUUCUGUCUCGACGGCAGGGUUUACGGGUGUGGACCUUAACCAUGUGGAUAAAGCUAUUAGGCAAUUGGGUGCUAGGUACGAAGAGAGGUUCACGGCUGAUGUGUCUGUUCUGGUAGCACCGUCGGUGUCCGUUAUAAGGAAACAGAAACUCGACAUGGCGCUACUGUGGAAGGUGCCGAUCAUUAGGGCAGAAUGGUUGUGGAUGUGCAUCAACACGGGGUUCAAGUGCCCUAUUGAGGACUUUCUCUUCCCCGAGCUCAACCAGAAGAUCCGUUCCGAGGAAUCACCGCCGUCAAAAGGCAGCCAGGUCUCCGGGAAGGAAAAGGCUACGGAGAAACAAACAAAGCCAUCCAAGCUAGGGAUCGUCGAUGAGGAUCUACUCUCCAAACCGGCUGCCGCCGCCGCAAGCAAAUCACGCAGUCGCGUCGACGCCUCGGACUUUACCUCUGCUAUCCGAGAGAAGAUGAGAUCUUCAGCUUCAGAGUCUAAGAGCACGAAAGCAACGCCAGCGCUGGCAACGGCAUUGUACGAGUCCCACGAUAGCUACGAGACAGCACCGAGUCAGCGACAAACAAGCACGGCGAAUACCACACCUGGAAAGAAGAAGUCGGCAGCAGCUGGCGCACCGCUAACUGACAUUUCCAACCUCUCGCAGCCCGCCUCUUCUUCAAAACAAAAACAAAAGCAGCAGCCACCGCGCAAACCACUAAGCAGGAUAAGAAGCGAGAUAGCAGAUUCUGACGCGGAGUCUGCAGCGGACGACGAUCUUCCCCUCCCCGGCGAAGACGACUUGCCAGUCGAGGGAGAGCCUGGCAAACGACAACAGUCCAAAUCGCCGAGCAAGCUUAGAGCCUUGGAGGAAGAGCCGGUAAUAGAAGACCCAGGCGAAACCGGCGAAGAACUCCGCCGCCGCUUGCUCAAAGAAGCAGAGGAGAAGAAAAAGGCCGAGAAGUUGAAAGUCACGGAUCGAUUAGUCGACUUGCUGCUAGAUGCUGGUGGUGAUGGUGAGGCCAGCGUGGAAACCGCCGCAGCAACGUCGUUCGCCAGCGCCCUCUCACACUCACUCCGGGGCAGAACCACUUCCAUAACGGCGGUAGAGGCAACAGAGGCCAGGGCCGUGACUAGGGCAACAAGAGCACCAAGCGAAGCCGCCUCUGUGCGCUCAGAUGAUGGAUCCGUCACCGCCAAAACCCGUCGACGGAAGCGGGAAAUCCUAGGGAGAGCGAUGAGCAACGUGUCAGCGGCAAGCGAGGACGGUCUGGCAGCAGAUGCUCCCCCUGAUGGAGCCGAGCUAGGGCGCCAGGCUCAACAGAAGGAGACCACUCCCCCAGCAGCGCCAGCAACCACCACCGCCACCACUACAACAAAACGCAAAACCCGCUCCAAGAAAGACGAUAAGGAAGGACCACCACCGACACAGAUAGAUUACCAGGACAUCGACUCCCGCAAGGCCCGGCAGAAACUGCUCUCCAAGCUCGGCGACGAAGGAGCUACCGACACUGGUACUAUUUCUAAGCGAGCGGCGGAGGAACAGAAGACCAUGUCGAUUGGAGACUUGGAUGCGUUUGUUAGGGAAAAUGAAGGGCAUGGAAUUGGAAGCCCGACGGGGCUGGGAAGGACGAGGAAUGGGGAGAGGGGGUAUGGGGGGAGGAGGACUACGAGGAGGUCGAAGGGGGCCUGA